GUGCGUCUUUUUUUGCAGAGCAGUGUUCGUUUCAUGGUGUGAUUUUAGUUUUCUUUUUGUUUGUUAGUUUAUAUUCUUAGCAAUAAUGAAUAGUGAUGAAAAUCAGGAAACGUUACAGGAGCUUUACGCAUGGAUCGACCAAAUUCCUCUCUCCAGACCUAAACGGAAUAUAGCCAGGGAUUUUGGUGAUGGAGUUAUGGCAGCAGAGGUUGUGAAGUACUUUUUUCCAAAACUUGUAGAUCUGCAUAACUAUAUACCAGCAAACUCCACCCAACAAAAACUCAGUAACUGGGGGACAUUGAACAGGAAGGUGUUUUCCAAGUUUAACUUUCAUGUACCGGAAGAAACUGUAAAAAAAAUUAUUUUAAGUACAAACGGAGUUAUUGAAACUGUCCUCUGCACACUAAGAGAUAGGAUUGAAGAGAAACGUGCUGGAAAACCCCUCACUCAUAUACCCCAGGGGCAACUGCAGGAUUUGGGAUAUUACAGUAUCACUGAUCAAAAGCCAUCAGAAGAAUAUGUACAGAUUCCCAUGCAGUCCAAUGAUAAGCAGUCCAAUAUUCAAAUGCAGAAGCAAGAGGAAUGGAAAUGUACACAGAGAGACAGACUAGGACACAAGGUUAACCAGUAUGGCCACUUGGAUCCUUCAGUACGUCUACUAAUGGAGGAAAAAGAACAGGCCUUGUUAUCGCUACAGGAGACUGUGGAGAUUUUGCAAAUGAAAGUGCACCGACUGGAGCAUCUGGUACAGCUGAAAGACCUGCGCAUUGAAGAUUUAACAAAACACUUGGAAAAAUAUAAAUCAAGACCUUAUAUCAAAUGAA